GCCAACAAACAUAAGCAAUCGGAAGCUAACUCCUACUUGCAGUUCCAUCUCGUCGUUCUCAACCUUAACCAUUCCUAGUCACGCAGUCGAUUGAGAUGUUUUUGGGUCGUGGUAAACGUGCAAUGGACAGUCACUGGCGUCAAGUCUUCCAGACUAACAUUGACUUACCCAACGACGAUCCUGAUGGUGGUGCACCACUGCGCACUCCAGUCACGACUGACCCCGACGACGGCAACCACAAAAUGUCGACGACCACUGCCAAUUAUAGAGCUACUGCUGAGACAGCAUCCGACACCAGUUCUGGUGGUAUUCCGUUGAAAAUCCGCACUGGUGUUGACAAUGGUAAAGACGUACUGACCAGACUCGAGGCCGCUGGUGUUUUGGCAGGCCACGGCAAGAACAUUGACAAGCUCAACGCUCCUGCUAAAGGCAAUGCCUCUCCCACCGGUGCUGUAGCUUCCAGCAGUCGCCGACUCAGUCCGCUUGCAACUUCUUUCACCCCUCAAGUUGCUAACACAAUGGCUGAGGUCUUGACCACCGACAAUGAGAAGGGAAAGCCUGCCAAGAACGAAGUCGACAUCAUGGCUAUGAUUGCCGAUACACAUCCCCAUCUGUUUGACACACCGGGCCAAGCCAAUACCAGUGGUCUGCUUUCCCGUAGCCGUACCAACUAUGAUGGCUUUAAGGGUCCCACUAUCGAACGAGAUAGUGGCCUCCGUCGUUCUGGUCAAGCCAACCAGCCGGCAAUGACCAGCAGUGCCUCGAUGAGUAGUGUACUUAGCGGCCAAGGCCAGACAGGCAAUACUCUUCGCGCUUCGCGCACAGCACCUGAUGUCCAUGACCCUUUUAGUGUUGCUGCUAUUUUGGGCCAGGACAAUGGCCACGAUUCUACCCUUGGCAUGUCCAACAACUAUCUAGAUGCAGACAGCGACGACGAUAUAGCAACCAUUGAAGCCAAACGCAAAGUUCUACUGGCUGCUCUCGAUCAGCUCCCCCCGCCUAGACGCGUACCAGGAAGCAGUAUCAUGUCGGGCGUCAUUACCAACAGCCAAGAUAACCAUGACCAUUCCUACAGACAACGCCUUGGUGAUACAACCACGCCACGCACCAGCCGCAAAAUCCGACGAUUACUUGGAUGUGGUCAUGGGAACAACCUCACUUCGGUUCCUGAGACCCACCAGCUAGGACCUGGAGGCAUUGGUAAUGCCACUCAAACCUUAGCAUUGCAUGGCCAGGACUUGCAACCUUCUAGACAGUUGGCGGUUCCUGGUGGGAGGAUGUUCUACCCUCCAACGGCUGAGCAGGUCGCAGUUCGGUCUCAUCAACUGAAUGAGAUUGCUGGCGUGAUUGGAACUCCUAAGGUCGAUAUUCUUUUAGACCCGAAGAGGUUCCCCUUCGUCGCAAACAGCACCCUCUUUACCCGUGACCCGAACCAUGGCGUUCUCAAAGUCAGGAACUGCCCGUUCAGCGUUCCUCGUUCAGAGCUGAUUGCCCUCUUUGGUCGUGCAGCGCGCCUCCUCAACGACGUCCUGGAGCCUUGUCAUAUCAUUCUCGAAAAGGUCACCGCAAAGACCCAGGAUGCAUACAUAGAGUUUGAGACGGAAGCGGAAGCCGAGAAAGCUUACCAACGCAUACAGGAAAACAUUGCAAAAGGUCGUCCUCCUCGCAUUGGGACCCGCCAAGUUAGCAUUGAGAUCUCGAGUCAGGCAGCUCUCAUGAGAGAUCUGUUUCCUGUCGCACACGGUGUCACUUGGGAAGGUGAAUAUCCGAUCAUCAAGACCAACUCCCCGUUCCCUAUGGAGAAUUUCAAGUGCUUUAUCAGUGAAGAGGAGUGCAGCCAGAUCUGCAGACACUUUGAAACCCCUGGACGCUCUCCCUUCUCUCGCGACUGCCCUGAGCGCUUUAUCGAGUCCAUGAUCUCGACCUUGAAGAAGAUGCCAUGGUACUUGUCGGCACACAUCACAAUCUACCAGCAGCAUUACAUUUUCGAGGCCUGCCAACGACUUCUUGAGCAGUUCUUGGAAGAGCUCGAGCCACAGAGCCAGAAGUCCAGUCCAGAGCAGCGUUUGCGUUUGGGCCAUGAGAGAUUGACUCCCCAGCUUCUUGAUCGUUUCAAGAAAGCAAUCCUGCUCUGCCCUGGAUUCUCCGUGGUCCAGAAGGACAGUAUUGCUCACAUGCUUGGUCUGUCAGAGCAGGAGUCCCGCGCAUUCAGCUUGCCACGCCAAGCACAUUCUUGGAAUCAUUUCUAUGCUCUCGGUCCUAAGCCUGGUGUGGCCCCGGAUGUCAUUGAGUACUACAUUUCCAUCCUUCGCAUGGAGAGCACCCGGGACGUCAACAGGAGACAGCCGGUCCAUACCAAGCAGCACUUGGAAGCAUUGGCAGCGGAGACUGACAUCAGCCUUUUCGGCUACUUCUUCAAGGAUGUUGGUCACCCUACAGGUCAUGCCAUGGAUAAUUCGACUCUGGCGGAUGCAGCCAACCGUGAGUGGUCGGCCGUUAAUCGAGUCAUCUGUCGUGCUAUCCACUUUGGCCCCGACUACAUUGAUGAUGGUUCAAACUCCAACAACACGGCUCUGCAGCUCGGUGGUCCGUCUUGUGCCGGUCUAUUGACCAACUAG